AUGAUAUCUGGUAGCAGUGAUGAUUGGAAUGAUCUAUUAACUGAUCUAAAUUCACAUGAAAUAUACAAAGAAUUGAAUAAAGAACUUAGUGAUACUUAUAAAAACAUUAGUGGGCAUUGCGAUAAUAUAAAAAUUGAAAAAGGCGAUAUUAAAACACUUUGUAAAAAAAUUGAAAGAAAUUUAGGUAUAUUGGAUGAAAUUGAUAAAAUUAAAACCGAAAGUUAUAGAGAUCGCUGCUUAUAUUUUAAUUUCUGGGUAUUCGAUGAAUUACACAAAGUAUAUAAUGGAAGCGAGAAAAAUGUUCUUAAAACAAGUGACAUUGAUGAGUUAUUAUUGAAAUGGAAUAAAAUUAAUUACACUUUAAUAAAUAAAGAUUUCAAUAAAAAUUAUAAGUCUAUAGUACCGGAAGAGCCUAAAGGAGUUAUUAGAUUAAAUGGCGAUGAACAACCUCCAGAAACUACGAAUGGUUGGAACGCUAGAAAAGUCACUAAACUUUUCGAUAAUUACGAAUUUAGGAAAUAUAAACCAUGUUUUUAUUAUUCUUUAUGUACUUUAGAUAACUGCAAAGAUAUAAAAUAUUUGUUCGAUUAUUUUAAAGAAUUUGAAAAUAUUAAAAAUAAAAUUUCUUCGGGAAAUGAAAAAUGUGCAAGCUAUUAUAAAUAUCUUACUCACAUUAAAAAGAUAUAUGAAAAAUACAAAAAGGAACAUAAUUGUUGCGAUGUCUUUUGGGGAAAUCUUUGUGAGGAUUAUUUUAAAUGUGAAAAAAAGUAUGAUCCAAAUAAUCUUUUGGCUGAUUUCAAAAGUUGUGAUAGCCCAUCCUCUACUAAGAAAGAGGAAGUCUCAGACGAUAAAAGUACUAAAAAUUUAGGGGAUCAGCAAAGCUCAAGAUCGCAGAGAUCCACCGUUGAUAAUUUGGAAAAUAAAACAGAAUAUAAAUUUUUUAGAUGCAAAGAAAUGAAAAAUGAUAUUCUACCAACAUAUGCUGCUUGUAGUGAAGUCUCAGCAGAAAAUUAUGAACGUUUUGAUGAAGUGUUUAACCUUGAACCUUUGAUUGAUCCAUUUAAAUUUUAUAAAUCAAAAGGUGCUACUAGAAUUGGGAAGGAUCAUACAAGAAAUCUUUACAUCCAUUUAAAUAUACAUAAUAUUACAAAAAAUAUAGAUUAUUUUAAAAUUGGGGUGUCCUUCCUCCUUGUACUAGGAACUUUUUUCGUAUCUUUCAUUUAUUACAAGUUUACACCUUUUGGACCUUGGUUAAACAGUAAGUUUUUGAGGGGAAAAAGAAAUAGACACUAUAUUUAUCAAGAUCAGAGAAAAUUACAAAAUCGUUCAUCCAGUUCGGUUAAUAAUAGAUCUAGGAAUAAUAGAGUACGUAUUGCAUAUCAGUCUUCAUGA